CAGUCCUCCCUUCCCAUGGCUUCUCUCCUCCGCCCAGCCGCCGCCCUCGCGCCGCCGCCUUCGUCUGCCCGGGAGCCGCGCCGGCCAUGCGCCGCCUCCUUCGCCUGCUGCCGUCGUGCGCCGGCGGCGGGCCCUCUACGCGCGCCGCUCCGGCGACUGGAGGCCGACGAGGCCGCGCGUUCAGCGAGACAGUUUCUCUGCGGAUACAUGAGAAGAGAUGGGCAUGAAGGCGAUGGGAGGAGCCAAGGACGAGAUGAGGCUAUUAUGUUUGGGCCAGAUGACGAUGACGGUCCAAAGAUCCCUACUCAGGUCGAGACUCUUGUUAGAGGAACUGCAACAGUUGAUGCACCAGAAUACAAGCCACUUCCAGAUCUAGAUUACCUUCAGGAGUUGCUGGCUAUUCAGCAGCAAGGACCCCGAUCAAUAGGUUUCUUUGGUACCCGCAACAUGGGGUAUAUGCAUCAACAACUUAUUGAGAUCCUGAGUUAUGCUAUGGUCAUAACAAAAAAUCAUAUAUUCACAUCUGGUGCUUCGGGGACUAAUGCAGCUGUUAUUAGGGGUGCUUUGAGAGCUGAAAAGCCAGAGUUGCUCACUGUAAUUUUGCCUCAAAGUCUAAAGAAGCAACCUCCUGAAAGCCAAGAGCUAUUAUCUAAAGUACAAAACUUGAUUGAAAAGCCUCACUAUGACCAUCUACCACUAAUAGAGGCUAGCAGGUUAUGCAACAUGGACAUCAUCUCAAAGGUCCAACAGGUGAUAUGUUUUGCAUUCCAUGACAGUAGGCUGCUGAUGGAGACCUGCCAGGAGGCGAAGAACAUGCGGAAGAUCGUAACGCUCUUCUACUUGGAUUAGCUAGCACCUCAGGGAUCUUGUCCGCUUUUUGUCCGUAGGCUGGUGAAUGGGAGGCUAUUUGGUUUAGUCAUUGAUGUAUACUCUAAGGCUCUGGGGUAGGUUCAGGUUCGGGGCAUAACAGUGCGUCUUCAUUCGAAGAAAGUCAUUUGGCCCAUUAUUCAAAUUCCUUGGUAGAAAUCAAAAUAAAGCUUGUCGAUAUGUCUAGUCCGUCAGUAAAGAGAUUAACUGGAGUUCUUAUUAUUGGUAA